AAACUCAGAUACGCACACUCCAACCAUCCAAGCAAAAGCAGGGAGAAAGGAGAGCGAAAAAACAGACUGGAAUAGGGAAAGUUCUCUCGGUAACUUUGGGGUUGUUAUGCUUUUGGUAUUUUUACAAUGAUAAAAGAUGACAUACAGUGUAUUAUUCCGAAUGAAUCACUUUUACAUGCGGGGUGACUAAACGUGCUGUUUUUAAAGGAAAGGAGGAAAAAACCUUUUACACUGGCGUUUUCUCCGCACAUUUUCGCUGUAUGAGGCACAUCAGCCUCACAAUCAACAUUUGGAAAUAUACCUCUGAAAGUUGGACAAAUUCUUUCAGACUUCGGGCGAAAAAAGGAAUAGUCCAACCCAGUCCCAGAGCUUUGAUUCAAAUUGGAUCGGUUUGUCACCGUGAAUGCUCCCUUCUCCUUUCGCACAGCAUUGAAGGAUGCCAGGAUGCCCUCUCUGAUAAUUUCCCAUCUGCUCGUCAUCUGGCUGAGUGUCCAGAGGCUGGUCUGGUGCGCCGAGCGCGCAUCUACUCGGGAGCGCUUCAAAGUGGUAAUCGCCCCUCUAAUUUGCAAAAGGAUUUGUUUGAAAAGCGGCCAGUGUCAGGACACAUGUGAGCAGGGCAACAAUACCACGCUCAUAGGCGAGAAUGGACAGUCAGCGGAUACUCUCACAGGGCACGGCUUCAAAGUGGAUGACGACGAAUGUGACGGGGAGCCUUGCGGCCACAGCAGGGGCAUCUGCAUCAACACCGAGGGCUCCUACCGAUGCCGCUGUCACCAUGGCUACAAGCUCCUGGUGCAUCGCGGGAGACUCAGAUGUGAAGAUGUGAACGAGUGCACUAAGCAGGAUGUCUGUGGGGGCGGUCAGUGUGUCAACAUGCCGGGCUCCUACAAGUGUGAAUGCCACAAAGGGUUCAGAAGCAGGGCUCACCGCCCUCCGGCAUGUGGAAGGUGAGAUAUUAACGAGUGCUUGGAUCCCAGCUCGUGUCCUAACGAGCUGUGUGAGAACACACCAGGUUCCUACGAGUGUGUACCCUGCCUGCCAGGCCACCAGGCCCAAGGGGGCCUCUGCUAUGAUGUCAACGAGUGCCAGAAACGGGGUGUGUGUCCCAACGGGCGCUGUGAGAACCUCCCUGGUACCUACCGCUGUCUGUGCAGCGAGGGCUUCCUCCCCAGCGACGACAGUAAAGCCUGCCGGGACAUUGACGAGUGCAAGGACGACAGGCUCUGUGCCAACGGGCGCUGUGUCAACACGGACGGCUCAUUCCAGUGCCAGUGUUACCCGGGAUACCAGCGCACACAGGAGGGGAGCCACUGUGAAGGAAUCAACGAGUGUGAGAGGCCCUCCAACUGCCAGAGAGGGCGCUGUGUCAACAACAUGGGCUCCUACCGCUGUGAAUGCCAGAAGGGCUUUAUGCUGGUUGGAGGAAGGAGGUGCCAAGACAUAGACGAGUGUGUCGACAGGAGUCUGUGUCAGCCGCACGGGACCUGCGAGAACAAGGCGGGCUCCUUCGUGUGUGUGUGCAACGAGGGCUUCCUGCUGUCCGAGGACAAGCACAGCUGCGAGGUGAUCGCCAUGGAGCUGGAGGACAAGAAGGAGUGCUAUCUCAACCUGGAUGACACGGUGUUCUGUGACAGUGUCCUGGCCACCAACGUCACCAAGCAGGAGUGCUGCUGCUCCAUUGGGGUGGGCUGGGGCGACCACUGCGAGAUCUACCCUUGUCCCGUCCACCACUCAGCUGAGUACCACUCCCUGUGUCCGGUGGGCCGAGGCUUCUACCACGAGGAGGGGACGAUCGAGUACGGCCUCUCCCUCCACCGAGACAUCGACGAGUGCGUGCUCUUCUCCAACGAGAUCUGCAAGGAGGGCCGCUGCAUGAACACCCAGCCAGGAUACGAGUGCUACUGCCAACAAGGCUUCUACUACGACAGCAACCUGCUGGAGUGCAUUGAUGUGAAUGAGUGUCACGAUGAGUCCCUCUGCGCUAAUGGAGAGUGUUCCAACACCCGAGGCUCCUUCUACUGCACCUGCAGCGCCCCCUGGACCCCAGACUCCACCAACAAGAAAUGUGUGACGGCCACAGUAGCAGGCGUGGACGAGUGCCAGAAUGCAGCCAACUGUAAGAACGGCCACUGUGUGGACACUCCUGGGUCCUACUACUGCAUCUGCUCUCCUCCCUGGAUCCUGGCCACCGACCGCAACAGCUGCGUGACCCCCGAGGAGCAGGGGGAUGUGAAUGAGUGCCAGGACCCCUCGUACUGUAAGAAUGGGAGGUGUGUCAACACGCCCGGCUCCUUUCACUGUAUUUGCACCCAGCCCCUCACCUUCAGCGCAGCGCUCAAACAGUGCGUCUAUGACGACCGCACGGCGGCCCACAAGGACGUGUGCUUCCUGCAGGUGGAUGAGGACCAGAUCUGCAGCGUGCCCAGGAAGGGCCUGGUGGUCACCUACUCCGAGUGCUGCUGUCACUACGGCCGCGGCUGGGGCCCGGAGUGCAGGACCUGUCCCCAGAGAAACUCAGUGAUAUUUAACCGUCUGUGUGAGAUGCACCUGGAGACAGAUUCUGAGGGUGAAGUUGACUUUCUUGCAGCUUUUGCCAACUACAAUCCAGAAGGGGACAGUUCGGAGGAAGACUCUGAUGAGUGCAGUUGUGCCAACGGGCGCUGCGUGCGCUCCUACCUGGGCACCAUGUGUGAGUGCAACACUGGCUUCAGGAUGGAUCACUCCCGCACCCGCUGCACAGAUAUUGAUGAGUGCGCUGAACCUGGGGUUCGCGUUAAUCCAUGCAAGAAUGCUCGUUGUGUCAACACCAUAGGGUCAUUCAAGUGCUACUGCAAACAUGGCUUUGUGCCUGCACGAAGGCCCAACAUAUGUGUCCGUCCAAGGGGUCUAUAACAUUUCUGUCAAACACACUUUCGCACACACACACACACACACACACACACACACACACACACACACACACACAGAGAAACAUAGACAGACACACACACUUAGCGCAGAUAGACACAUUAUCUGUCCUGUGUGUUUAAUGAAGGGCCAUUUCCUUCCGGUGACUCAUUUGAAAUGUCUAAAUAGAAAUGUCUGCUCCUCUUCAACCAAGGAUCUUAAAUGUUUGGGUCUUCUACUGCCCUCUGUGUUGAUAGUCUACAAUGCUUUGGGAAAAUAAUUAAACACCGACAAAGAUAUAGGUUUGUUUUUUCGAUGUAUUUUUGUAAUUAUUAUUUUUCUAAAAACUGUUUUUGACCAUUGACUGUUAUACUUGUCCUAUGUUUAUUUCUUAAAUUGUUCACUUGUUGCAUUGAUCUUGUAAUCUGAAUCGUGAGUCUUCCUGCAGUUUAAUGAGGAUGUUCCUCUUCAUUCCAACCCCUAUGACCAUAAUCAGUAAAUGUCUGUGUCACAAUUUAAAAAUCUAAAACAUCAUCCAUGUAGGGUAUGUACUGCACUCACAGCCUAGUGCUCUUCUAUGAUAUACAUGUUGUACAGAACAGUAUGUGAAGACAUACCUGCAGUAGCUAAUGGAUUUGUGCCUAUCUUGUCCCUGCAAACCGUAGUUGCAAAGGACACAGAGAAACAUGUUUAUGGGAAAGCCUUUCAAAAGUGUCUUGAACAAUUCUGACAUGCACAUGAGUGCACUUUAAGUGAGAUUAUAAAAAAAGGAGCUGACCUUACAAGGCAACCUAGAUGGAAUCUUCGGGUGAAGGACGGCGGAGGGUUCCAGAAAUAAAGGAAGUGACAUGAUAAGUGACAUCACUCGUCAGUGUUUGUACUUUUGCAUUGUGAAAGGAGCCAAAGAGGCUCUUCAUAAAGAGACAGGAGUCAACCUCCCACAUUGUACUGACUCUGGCUCUGAUUCUGAUCAUGUUUCUUCAUGACUUGUCAAUAACACAGUGUUGUGUCUAAGACCCUGUAACAAAUAAAGGAUUGUCUGCACAGUCCUUACAAUAUUA